CAUGACUGUGUCACUGCACUCCAACCUGGACAACAGGGCGAGACUCCAUCUCCAAAAAAAAAAAAACCAGAAUAUUAAUAGUAAAAAGUCAGUAUAGGCUACCCAUUAUUAUAUUCCUGCAUACCUUCUUGUAGCAUUUGAAUAAAGCUAAUCCCUGAAUUGAUUGAUGUGAGGUAGAAGUAGAUGACCCAAUAAAUGUUUGUUAUUAAUGAAAAGGACAUUUCCUAAGGAUUGUGUAGUGUUCUACUGUAUGGUGCAUAUUCAGUGGAGUGGGAGUUAACUUCAUAGUUUGUGUACCAUUUGGAUGCACAUUUGAGAGGACAACAUAUUAUUGGCACUUUGCAAUUUAAAAAACUGUGAUGAAAGUUGCCCUGGUAGGAAAGAAAAUCCUUACUCUACCUAAAAAUGUUGGCUAGUUGUUUUUAUUAAUCUGACAAAUUGACUAAAGAAGGUUGACCAAUGUCACUAUAUUCCAUAAAUUUAUGUAAACAAACUUAUGAGCUUCAUUUAUCCAAUUCCAAAGUCACUUCUUCACUACAGUGAUGGUACAUAGAUAGGACAAUAAUGCAAUCCACUAGAAUAUCCAUUUGUACCUUGUAUUGCAGAAUAGAUAAGCAUUUCCCCAGUAACUCUUAAGAAUGAAUUUAUGUACUGUAAAAGAUAUGACAUAAGACAAGUAUUUUGAGAUAUGAAGAAGAGCAAUGUAGUAGGGUAUAUCAUUUCUUGGCUGCAUCAUAUGGGCAGUAUACUUGAAGUAAUAUUUUGUGAAGUAGAAGAGUAAAGAAAAAUUAUUUUUAUAAAGAAUGUUAAUAUUGUCAGGAAGAGGAGAUGUUUGAGGAUUGGUACAAAAUUGCCACAACUUUAAAAAAUAGUUUUAAAUAGUAUAGAUUUCCCUAAUAUGUGUAAUAUAAAACAGUAGAAAUAUUGGGGGGUCGGAAAUCAUAUAAAUGAACAGAAGAAUGAUAAAAGUGUUUCCACACGCCAUAGCUAAUAAAAAUCAGUUUUUGAAAUCAAUAUAUUAUGAAGCCUCUGAGAGCAAGAACUGUAACAUGUUAAUUAUUAUAUUGCAGUGACAAGGGCAAUACUUAGUUCUAGCUAAGAGUUCAAGGUAUGUUUGCAGAAUGGUGAAAGAAUGGACCAAUGUAUGCAGGUUUGCAUAAAAACCCAACGUGAUAUUUCUAACAAUUUGGAAAACAGAGAAAUAUACCUUAAAGAGUGUGUUACAAUUUGUUAUUAAAUAUAUGAACGUAAAAACUUGGCUUGUUAAGUUAGGCCCUCAAAUACAAUUACUGCACUGGUUAAACUGAAGCAGCAGAGGCUGUAGUUUCCUAAUGCUGACUCUGGGCGCCGCUGUUGGCCAAAGUGGAGAGCUUGGCCUCCAGCUCUCCUCGCGCAGCCGCAACGCGCUUUCCAGGGCAGCCCCUGUUCAGACUCCCCAGCGCCAGCCUUUGCACCGCUUCCUCCUCGGAAAAAGAAGAAUCUUUUCCUGAACUGGAACUGGAACUAAAGUCCGUUCGGAGAUCCGAAAAUCUGCAAUAAAGAGGUUAUUUGUAACUCGGCGUCUCCAGGCUGGUGAGCAAGCUGAGGAGAGCAAGAGGGAUGGGGAGCGGCGCUGGGGAACUGGGCCGGGCUGAGAGGCUGCCAAUGCUCUUUCUCUUCCUGCUGCUUUUGUUCUGCCCGGCGCUCUGUGAGCAGAUCCGCUACAGGAUUCCCGAGGAAAUGCCCAAGGGCUCCGUAGUGGGGAACCUCGCCACCGACCUGGGGUUCAGCGUCCAGGAGUUACCGACUCGAAAACUGCGCGUCAGUUCGGAGAAGCCUUACUUCACCGUGAGCGCAGAGAGAGGGGAGUUGCUUGUGAGCAGCAGGCUAGACAGGGAGGAGAUAUGCGGGAAGAAUCCAGCUUGUGCUCUGGAAUUUGAGGCUGUUGCUGAAAAUCCACUGAACUUUUAUCACGUGAAUGUGGAGAUCGAGGACAUUAAUGACCACACGCCAACAUUCACGCAAAAUUCCUUUGAGCUGCAAAUAAGUGAGUCUGCACAGCCUGGCACACGAUUUAUAUUAGAAGUAGCAGAAGAUGCAGAUACUGGCUUAAACUCUCUACAGAAGUAUAAACUCUCUCUUAACCCAAGUUUCUCAUUAAUAAUUAAGGAGAAGCAAGAUGGUAGUAAAUACCCGGAACUGGCAUUGGAGAAAACCUUAGACCGGGAACAACAGAGUUACCAUCGUUUAGUCCUGACUGCCUUGGACGGUGGAGAUCCACCCCUAAGCGGCACCACUGAGCUCCGUAUCCAGGUAACUGACGCCAAUGAUAAUCCCCCGGUAUUCAACCGGGAUGUGUACAGAGUCAGCCUUCGGGAAAACGUGCCACCAGGCACCAUUGUGCUGCAAGUGUCAGCCACCGACCAAGACGAGGGCAUCAACUCAGAAAUUACUUAUUCCUUCUACAGAACCGGGCAAAUCUUUGGUCUGAAUUCAAAGAGCGGGGAAAUUAUCACUCAAAAGAAACUGGAUUUUGAAGAAACCAAGGAAUAUUCAAUGAUAGUAGAAGGGAGGGAUGGUGGUGGACUGGUUGCACAAUGUACAGUUGAAAUUAAUAUUCAAGAUGAAAAUGACAAUAGCCCAGAAGUUACAUUCCAUUCUCUACUUGAGAUGAUUCUGGAAAACGCGGUGCCUGGAACACUAAUUGCUUUGAUCAAAAUACAUGACCAAGAUUCUGGGGAAAAUGGGGAAGUUAAUUGUCAAUUACAAGGCGAAGUCCCUUUCAAGAUUAUCUCUUCGUCCAAAAAUUCGUAUAAGUUGGUAACAGAUGGAACCCUAGACCGAGAGCAGACCCCGGAGUACAACAUCACCAUCACAGCCACAGACAGGGGCAAGCCGCCCCUCUCCUCCAGCAUAAGCGUCAUCCUGCAUAUCAGCGACGUCAACGACAACGCUCCGGUUUUCCACCAGGCGUCCUACUUAGUCAGUGUAGCCGAAAACAACCCUCCUGGGGCCUCCAUCGCGCAAGUCUGCGCCUCGGACCCGGACUUGGGGUUGAAUGGCCAAGUCUCCUACUCCAUCAUGGCCAGCGACCUAGAGCCUCUGGCACUAGCCUCUUACGUAUCCGUGAGCGCGCAAAGUGGGGUGGUGUUCGCGCAGCGCGCCUUUGACUAUGAGCAGCUGCGCGCCUUCGAACUCACACUGCAGGCCCGCGACCAGGGCUCGCCUGCGCUCAGUGCAAACGUGAGCCUGCGCGUGUUGGUGGGCGACCGCAACGACAAUGCGCCUAGGGUGCUGUACCCCGCACUGGGUCCCGACGGCUCUGCGCUCUUCGAUAUGGUGCCGCGCGCUGCAGAGCCCGGCUACCUGGUGACCAAGGUGGUGGCGGUGGACGCAGACUCAGGACACAACGCCUGGCUGUCCUACCACGUGCUGCAGGCUAGCGAGCCCGGGCUCUUCAGCCUGGGGCUGCACACGGGAGAGGUGCGCACGGAGCGUGCCUUGGGCGACAGGGACGCGGCCCGACAGCGCCUGCUGGUCGCCGUGCGUGAUGGUGGACAGCCGCCACUCUCCGCCACCGUCACGCUGCACUUGGUCUUUGCCGACAGCUUGCAGGAGGUGCUGCCGGAUAUCACUGACCGCCCUGUACCCUCUGACCCCCAGGCUGAGCUGCAGUUUUACCUAGUGGUGGCCUUGGCCUUGAUCUCAGUACUCUUCCUCCUGGCCAUGAUUCUGGCCAUUGCCUUGCGCCUGCGACGCUCCUCCAGCCCCGCUGCCUGGAGCUGCUUCCAACCAGGUCUCUGUGUCAAGUCUGGACCUGUGGUUCCCCCCAACUACAGCGAGGGGACUUUGCCUUAUUCCUACAACCUAUGUGUUGCACAUACAGGAAAGACGGAGUUUAAUUUCCUAAAAUGUAGUGAGCAAUUGAGUUCAGGACAAGACAUACUUUGUGGUGAUUCAUCUGGGGCCUUAUUUCCACUUUGUAAUUCCAGUGAGUCGACUUCCCAUCCUGAGUUGGUGAGUUUUAUUUAUGUCUAUUCUUUUUCAUUACCCACCCAAUUUUCUGUAUUUACAUGAAAAUACCGUACAUUUUCAGGUCUAAUGAGUUGUCUUAGGAAAGUUGUAGCUGCUCAGAAAAGCUGUCCAACCAUUCUUUAAGAGGAGCAGUGAAUUGUGAGUUGUUAUUGUCACAUAAAAGAAGUAGGCUUAUAGGUUUACGAAGUAGUGAGAGUUUGCUUUUAGCUUCCUAGCUAGCAAAAACAUUUGGUUUUUUUGUCCUCUUUCUCAAAGCUAAUGAAAUUAGCUUUUACCCA